AUGGAAGGAAACGUUGAGGACACUUUAAAGAAGGCGGCGGCGGCGUCCGCUGGUGCCCUGCUAACGUCACUUUUUGUAACACCGCUUGAUGUGGCGAAAGUGCGCAUUCAAUCACAGCUUCAGUUACCGCUUUCCAAACCAUUGAGCGAGUUGCGGAUCGUACACUCGGGCAUUAGCACGUUCGUGGCCACUGCCGUUGAGCAAUGUCGUUGUCGAAAUCGAUGCGCGUGCAAUCGAUCGAUCACGCGUCCUGUUGAGAAGCUUCAGACUUCACGACGUGGGUGCAACGCACUUUCAUCCAUGCGUUCGUCCUGUUCGCGGGCUGUAACUUUUCCACAGUUUCAAGGCACGUCACAUGCAUUGCGUCACGUGUUUCAGACAGAAGGGCUUCGAGGACUUUAUACGGGUUUGUCUCCUGCAAUGGUAGUUGCUGUACCAUCCACGGUGUUAUACUAUAUAUCGUAUGACGUGCUACUUCAUGAAGGGCGUCAACGAUUUCCCAAAUUGGAAGGUUUCGUGCCUUUGAUGGCUGGAACGGCGGCAAGGGUUGUCGCGGCGUCUAUUACAUCACCUAUGGAACUGAUUCGCACGAGGAUGCAAAGUGCAAGCGCUGGAUGUACUAUUUCGGCUGCAUUAAAACAAGCGGUGCGAUCUGGAGGCUACAUGUCGUUGCUGAAUGGACUCGGAGCCACAUUGGCAAGGGAUGUACCAUUUUCUGCCAUCUACUGGACUUCUUACGAGAAUCUCCAGCGAAAGUUAAGUACGGUGGACAACGUGUUGUCGAGAUCGCAGAAGGCUUUUGUAUGUGGAGCUGUGUCAGGGAGUCUUGCUGCAACCGUCACGACCCCAUUUGAUGUGGUGAAGACAUUGCAGCAGGUGUCAAUGACAACUAAAGGGCCCAAGCAAUCCGGGAUCAUGAUUCUUAAGAAGGUGAUAGAUGGAAAGGGAGUGAGCGCAGCGUUCACAGGAUUGAGUGCACGUCUGGCACGCGUAGCUCCAUCUUGCGCUAUCAUGAUCUCGUGCUACGAAUUCGGCAAGGAAAAACUUAAUAUUGAUUGA